AUGGUUGAAAAGAAUGGAAGCAUUCGUAGGGAUGAUUGUUACAAUCAAUCACUUGGGGUUAACUCAGAUAUGCAACAGAGAUCUAAGAAUUAUCCUCGUCUCAUCAAUUUCAUGCAAGGGAAGAACCAAGAGAACAACAAUGUUGAAGAUGUGAAGACUCAAUCUAUGGUGGCUUAUGCCUCUUCUUCUACCAACAACAUCAAUGCAUCACUAACAACAAGAUAUGGUCAAGUGUUGCCUUUGGCUCUUUCAAAUGCUCCUCCACAAAAAAAUGGUUAUCAUCUUUUGAGUCAUCCUUCACAAAUAGACUCAAUGAAAAAUUUCAUGCAAGAUGAGAUGUUAAAUGCAGAAAAUUACCAACAACAGAACAAUGUUGUGGAUGUGAAGACUCAAUCCAUGGCACCUUAUGGAUCCUCCUCCUCCUACUCCUCAAAAAACACCACCAAUGCAUCAUUAAUGGCAGCAACUGGUUAUGGUUACUGUAAUGUUGAUCUUUUGAACCUUCCAUCACACUCAAAUAAAAAUUUCACAUUCAAUGAUGUUGGUUUACAAGGUCAUCAAAUAAGUGGUCUUCCAAGUCACCCAUAUGGAGCAGGUUCUCUGUAUCCAAAUCAUCAAAGGAAUAAUAACCCCUUCAUGUUUAACUGCUUAAACCCUCUUCCAAGGGUUGACACAACUAAUUUUCAUGGUAUGAAAGAUAUUCUUAAGCCAGGUUUUGUGCCUCCAAUUCAAGUUCAAGAUUUGGACAUAGUUUCUCCAAAGGAUUUAAGUCGUGAGAGGGCAUUGAAACGUCCCUUGUGUGCACUUCAAGACUUUGACAUCAUGGCAAGUGCUUCAAAAAGGCCAAGGAUGGGUUUUACUUCUCCUAAUCAUUAUGAAGGAAAACAAUCUGGGUUGAAUGAGUUGCUUCAUUUUAAGGAUCCAUCUUCUACCUUCAAGAUUAAAACUCAUGCAAAGGAGAAUACAGAUAAGAAAAAAUUAGAUCUUUCACUGCACAUUUGA